AUGCCUCGGUACCUCGUCCUGCUGGGUUUCGCCAUUUGUGGCCGCCUUCUCACUUCCCCGUGGACAGGCAGCCCCGAGCCCAUGCCGCAGAGUAGCACAGAAGGCUCCGGUGGUCGCGGCCCGCUGGCAGAAAAGCUUCUUGGAGAAGGUGCUCAGUACAGAAUCAUCUCACCAUUUAUUAUAUCAGGAGGUCAGAUGCGAAACAUGGAUCAUUUACAACAGAACAAUUAUACCGAUGAAGUUGAAAUAUGGAUGGAAAUAGAAGAACAGCAUUUAACUCUGGACCUUAGAAGAAAUCACUUCCUGAUACCAGAAAGGCUUCAGGUGUCAUAUUAUGGUGCAAAUGGAACACUGAUGACAGAACAAAGCAGCACUUUGACUCACUGUUUCUAUGAAGGGAUGGUAAGAGGACUCCUUGGAUCCCAAGUUGCAGCAAAUAUAUGUUCAGGACUCAGCGGCCUAAUUAUGCUGAGUAACGAGAGUUAUGUUAUUGAGCAUGUUGAGCGAGAUGGACGUGGUUACCACCUGCUGUUUGGACCUAAGCAUCUGAAGUUAAAGGAGAUGAAGAGCAAUAGCAAACACCUAUUUUCUGAACAUACUCCACACCCACUUCGGUAUCAGAGUGCUUUCAGCAGCAAACGAAAAGUUCUCAAUCGAUUGGCUAAUGCUGCUAAUUAUGUGGAUUUGUCUUACGAGGUUGAGGAGCCCGCCAUCAGCCCUCAUUUGUAG